UCACUUGUAACUUUGUCAGCUGGACGCAGCUGUCCGUGCGCUCGGAUCCAUCCAGCCCAGACGCGCCCCCGCUCCCCAGUCACAGCCGCUGCCCAGGGGCUUGGAGCAGCCACAGCUGGACGGAGGGAUGCGCACUUAAUUAACCUCGUCCUCUGUUUUUUCUCUCCUGAAAGACCCCCCGUCCUCUGCCACCAUUCCCCCCCAGAACGGCUCGACGGAUCUCCUGUCAUCCAUCUGUCCCCGACCCGCGCGGAGGAAGUGGUCGGUGAUAUUCCUGGUGACAGUCGUAGCGAUGGUUUUGCUGGCUCUGGCCGUCGCCGUCCCGCUGCUGCUCCUCCGCGCCCCCGAGACCUCCGCCCAUUACUACGAGAUGAUGGGCACCUGUCGGAUGGUCUGUGACCCGUACAGCCCCAAACCGGGAGGCGCCACCGCCAUGGAGGUGAUCCAGAACCUGAACGAUGUUGCGCCACAGCCGCCCAUGGCGCAGGGGGGUCGCGGGGAGCCAGGGCGAGCGGGGAGACCGGGACCCAGGGGCCCGCCGGGAGAACCGGGACCACCGGGUCCGAGGGGUCCACCGGGACAGCGCGGGGACAGUAAACUCGCCUUCCCUGCGGUGGCCGGAUCCCCGGGGGCUGAAAACGGAGUAUCAGAGAAUGUGAGCUCCACCAUCAGCAACUUCAGGAUCGCGUUUUACGUGGGACUGAAGAAUCCGCACGAAGGAUAUGAGGUGUUAAAGUUUGACGACGUGAUUACAAACUUGGGAAACAACUACGAUUCGAGCACCGGGAAGUUCACCUGCCAUGUGUCCGGGAUCUAUUUCUUCACCUACCAUGUGCUGAUGCGCGGGGGAGACGGGACCAGCAUGUGGGCCGACCUGUGCAAAAACGGACAGGUCCGGGCCAGUGCCAUCGCUCAGGAUGCAGACCAGAACUACGACUACGCCAGCAACAGUGCCGUGCUGCACCUGGACUCUGGAGACGAGAUCUACGUCAAGCUGGACGGAGGCAAAGCCCACGGGGGCAACAACAACAAGUACAGCACCUUCUCCGGCUUUAUCCUUUACCCCGACUAAACACACGCCACAGUGGCUCUGUGGACUGAACAUUGUUUCCAGUGAAGUAUGUGGUUGAAUAUGUUUCUCUUCUUUUGAAUAUAGGUGCCACAUAUGUUCUGUUUACUGCAGUGGUUCUCAGACUGGCUCGGAAGUGAGCUGCAUGCCAGAAAAAAAACAAACCCACUUUGAGAACCACUGAUAUAGUGAGAUAUCUUUUUAUUUGUAACUAAAAUACCUUGAGUUCAACUGGAGGCUGCUGUUGAUGGAGAAUACGUGAUAUCAGUCAAAUCGUUAUUGAGGUUCCUUUGAAUUAAAGAGAAGAGCUACCGGCUGAUUCCGGGCUCAGAGGUUCGUGCAGUGCCGUCGUCCACGUGAUGUUUGGAAAUCGAGGCUCUGAAUCAAAGUCACACACAGAAGCUUUGAUCGACCAAAUUCUGCACAAACACUGGAUUCACGCACAGAAGUGAAGCUAAACCGUGCAAAUUUGUGCGAAUAAACUUAAUGUGUCAUAAGGAGCUAAGCUCACUCUUUGGUAGCUCUGUAUUAAACUAAGUGAUGUACAAACAUGAGAACAAUAUGCUCACGACGAGGACUCACUGAUUAGCAUGAUAGUGGUUAGCUCGCCAUUUAUAAACUGGCCCAUUGCAUCACACAGCUACAUCCAUUCAAAACCAUGUUGCUUAGUGUGAGAGGAAUAGAACAAUGGAAAGUAAGACGAUGAGUUUUCUCCUUCACCGCUGGGAGGGCCUCAUCUUUUCCAAACUCCUCAGGGGUUCUGGCAGAAGUAAACAAGCCUGCGUGGAAACAGGGAUGCGUUCUAAAAGUAAAACGUGGUCGUGUGGAUUUACCCUGAGCCUUCAGAAAUACUGGAUCUCUUCCAUUGUGCCACUUUCUGAUGAGAUCUGGCCUCAACUGUUGUGACUAAAGUACUGAUAUGCCCCAGCCACUUUGUUUUAGAAGCCUAGUCAAUGUAGAAAUGAAUGGUAAAUGGACUGUACUUAUAUAUGGUGUAUAUAUCUACUCUUAUCAACCCCUCACAGCACUUUAAACUGCAGCUCACAUUCAGACGCAGUUUAGGGUUCAGCUUCUGGGCCAAGGACACGUUCACACUCAGACUGGAGGAGCCAGAGAUCACACCGCCGACUUUCCAAUUAGUGCGGAAUCCGUUUUACCUCCUGACCCACAGUCUGCAAUUGUAUUUUUGAUUUUUUUCCCCCCCCAUAAAAGUAAGCACAUCCUCAGUAUUAGUGAUUUCAACUGAGAUGUUCUGAUGAGAUUGUGCCCAAGCCGACAGGUGUCACAUUUUAAAUGCAUUAACGUUAACGGAAGGUUCUGCCCUCGUCCUUUGAGCCACGGAGCUGUGGUGCGUUCAGUGGUAGUCAGUGUUUCACCAAAUAACCCUAAUAACAGCAAUGGAAACUUACAAAUGGAUGUCACCAAAAUAAUACUGAAUGGUUUCUAUUUUGCUCUCAUAUAUGCCAAUAAAUAUCGUUUG